AUGGCGUCACACCACAGACCUCUUGUGCUAAUAUGCAGCACGCCCGUUUCCGGGCAUAUCAUACCUAUGCUGGCCAUUGCAAAACAGCUCGCCGACCGUGAAUAUGAUGUCUGCUUCGUAUCUGGCUCCGGAUACCGUGGACAGGUCGAGGCAGUUGGCGCCUCGUUUGUUUCAGUGGAAGGAUACGGCGACUUCUACGACCUGACGUCAUGGGACCUUGAUACUGAAUGGCCCGCAGGUCAAAAGCAUCUGGAAGGGCCAGCCUGUUUCAACCACGACUUGAUUCAUGUAUUUUGUAAAUCAUUGCCUUCGCAACACGAUGCCAUUCAGAGAGCUCUCAAGACGCUCAGAGCUCAGAACUUGCACAGGCCCAUUAUUCUCAUGACCGAGAGCCUGAAUUUCGGGGCCUUGGCCAUAGCGCUUGGCGCACCAGGUCUUCGUCCCGAUGGGUUUAUAGCCAUUGGUCUCAACCCCAUCCUGCUUACCAGCAUGGACCAUUCGCCUUUUGGGUCUGGUAUGCUACCCGAUAGGUCUACAGAGGGCCGAGCGCGCAACAAACUUGCGAAUGAAGCCCAGAAGCAGUUUUUUGCCCCCUCUCAGGCGGCGUAUGUCGAGGCACUCGUGAGUGUCGGAGCCACUGCAAAGUCAGACGAUGAGUUCCUGCUUGAUUCUCUCUAUACUCUGCCAGAUCGUUUCAUACAAAUGUGCACGCCAAGCGUGGAAUACCACAGGAGCGACGCUCCGAACACUCUGCGAUUUGCUGGUGGCUAUCCCACCACAACUGUGUCUCAAGGUAUAACGAGAAGAUGGGAGAGACCAUCGUGGUGGGAUGAAGUUGUAGCCAGUGACAAAGCCACCAAGAAAAAGAUCGUCUUUGUCUGCCAGGGAACCGUCGCCAUGGAUUUUGAUCAGCUGGUCAUCCCUGCGAUGACCGCACUGAAAGACCGCUCGGACACUAUCGUGGUUAUCGCACUCGGUAGACCGGACGUAAAACUGUCAGCAGACGUGAUGGUUCCUUCGAAUUACCGGGUGGCAGAUUACAUUCCUUACGACAGUAUCCUACCUCAUGUCGACGCCUUCGUCACGACAGGGGGGUAUGGAUCUUUCCAGCGCGCGCUUAACCAUGCCACGCCUCUUGUCAUAGCCGGUACAACUGAAGAAAAGCCCGAAACGGCUGCGAGAGCUGAAUGGGCGGGCGUUGCAGUGAAUCUUCGGACCGCCUACCCUUCAGUUGAGCAGCUGAGACGAGCCGUCGACGAGAUUCUCGGAAAUGAGAAGUACAAGAUUAGGGCGUUAGAGAUACAGGCUGAAAUUGCUACGUAUGAUCCUAUCAACGUGAUAAUUGAAAACAUUGAGGAGCUGACGUCGAAAUAA